AAUCUGACACAACCACUGUACCCGCCUCCAUAACGUCAGGAACACACACGGACUCUGUCGCCGCAGAAUGAUCCCGGGCACCGGCGAGCCUUGUGCACAGUGAGGGCCCCCGCGCAGAGUACCACCUCUCACCCCGCAGAAGGAGCCUGGCUGCCCGCCUCUCCUCCAGCAGCAGCCCCCGAGACAGGAUGUCAAGUAGCACGGAAGAAAGUCUGUCCAGGGGCGGCGGCUCCGACCGUGACUUGAAGAUGGCCUCUUCCAGCAACACGUCCCCGGAGGGAGGACCUCCAGCGCCGCUGCAGCGUGCCCGUAUACGGCAGUCGGACAGUAACACCAGUUUCCUUCGAGCUGCCCGGGCGGGAAACAUCGACAAAGUCCUUGAACUCCUGAAAAAUGGAGUAGAUAUCAGCACUUGUAACCAGAAUGGUCUGAAUGCUUUGCACCUGGCAGCGAAGGAGGGACACACAGAUUUAGUGGAGGAGCUGCUGGAGAGAGGAGCACCUGUUGACUCCUCCACCAAGAAAGGAAACACCGCCCUCCAUAUUGCCUCCUUGGCAGGACAGAAAGAAGUAGCAUCUAUACUGGUGAAGAGAGGAGGGGAUGUCAACGCUCAGUCACAGAAUGGCUUCACUCCCCUUUAUAUGGCAGCCCAGGAGAACCACUUGGAGGUGGUGAGGUACCUGUUGGAAAGUGAUGGGAACCAAAGCAUUGCAACAGAGGAUGGCUUCACUCCACUGGCCAUCGCUCUCCAGCAGGGCCACAACGCCGUGGUCUCCCUGCUGUUGGAGCACGACACCAAGGGGAAGGUUCGCCUGCCGGCCCUGCACAUCGCGGCCCGCAAAGACGACACCAAGUCGGCCGCCCUGCUGCUGCAGAACGACCACAACGCCGACGUCCAGUCGAAGAGUGGGUUCACCCCUCUGCACAUCGCGGCUCACUAUGGUAACGUGAACGUCUCCACGCUACUGCUGAACAGAGGAGCUGCCGUCGACUUCCCUGCCAGGAAUGGGAUAACUCCGCUCCAUGUGGCCUCCAAGAGAGGUAACACCAACAUGGUGGCCCUGCUGUUGGACAGAGGGGGUCAAAUAGACGCUAAAACAAGGGAUGGACUGACCCCCCUGCACUGUGCAGCCAGGAGUGGACAUGAACAUGCAGUGGAGCUGUUGCUGGAGAAGGGAGCGCCGAUGUUAGCUAGAACCAAGAACGGACUGUCCCCGCUGCACAUGUCGGCCCAGGGAGACCACGUCGAGUGUGUGAAACUCCUGCUGCAGGAUAAGGCGCCUGUUGAUGAUGUCACCCUGGACUACCUCACAGCGCUGCAUGUCUCAGCUCACUGUGGCCACUACAGAGUCACCAAGCUGCUGCUGGACAAGAAGGCCAAUCCCAAUGCUAGAGCACUGAAUGGAUUCACCCCGCUCCACAUUGCCUGUAAGAAGAACAGGGUGAAGGUGAUGGAACUGUUGGUCAAAUAUGGCGCCUCCAUCCAGGCCAUUACCGAGUCUGGUCUGACACCAAUCCAUGUCUCCGCCUUCAUGGGCCACCUCAACAUUGUCCUGCUUCUGCUGCAGAACGGCGCCUCCCCUGAUGUCCGUAACAUUCGUGGUGAGACGGCACUCCACAUGGCAGCACGAGCAGGUCAAAUGGAAGUGGUUCGCUGUCUGCUGAGAAAUGGAGCGCUGGUGGACGCCAUGGCCAGGGAGGAGCAGACUCCGCUCCACAUCGCAUCACGUUUGGGGAAAACCGACAUAGUCCAGUUGCUGCUUCAGCACAUGGCACACCCUGAUGCUGCCACGACCAACGGGUACACUCCCCUCCACAUCUCAGCCAGGGAGGGGCAGGUGGAGACUGCUGCCGUGCUGCUGGAGGCCGGAGCCUCACACUCAAUGGCCACCAAGAAAGGAUUUACUCCAUUACAUGUAGCAGCUAAAUAUGGAAGCCUGGACGUAGCAAAACUUCUACUUCAGCGCAAAGCUCUUCUCGACGAUGCCGGCAAGAGUGGCCUGACUCCGCUACAUGUGGCAGCUCAUUAUGACAACCAGGAAGUAGCUCUGCUGCUGCUGGAUAAAGGGGCUUCACCUCAUGUUACCGCAAAGAAUGGCUACACUCCUCUUCACAUCGCGGCCAAAAAGAACCAGAAGAAUAUCGCACUAGCUCUGCUGCAGUAUGGAGCAGAGACCAACGUUCUGACCAAGCAGGGAGUCAGCCCUCUACACCUGGCAGCCCAGGAAGGACACGCUGAGAUGGCCAGUCUGCUGCUGGGGAAAGGAGCCCACGUCAACACAGGCACCAAGAGCGGACUGACUCCUCUGCAUCUAUCAGCCCAGGAGGACAGAGUCAAUGCUGCAGAAGUUCUGGCCAAACACGAUGCAAACCUGGAUCAACAAACUAAGCUCGGAUAUACUCCUCUGAUCGUGGCCUGUCACUAUGGAAAUGGCAAGAUGGUGAACUUCCUAUUAAAGCAAGGAGCGGGGGUCAAUGCCAAAACCAAGAGUGGUUACACACCGCUUCACCAGGCUGCACAACAAGGAAACACACAUAUAAUCAACGUGCUGCUGCAACACGGGGCCAAACCCAAUACUACUACAAUGAAUGGAAACACUGCUCUGUCGAUUGCUCGGCGCCUGGGUUACAUCUCUGUGGUGGACACACUGAAAGUUGUCUCUGAGGAGAUCAUCACCACCACAACGACGGUCACUGAGAAACACAAGCUCAACGUCCCUGAGACCAUGACGGAGAUCCUUGACGUUUCUGAUGAAGAGGCUCUGAGGCUGGAGGACGAGCCCUUAUUUGAGAUGUCUGUGGAGCUGGAAGGUGAGGACACCAUGACAGGGGACGGUGGGGAGUAUCUGAGAGCAGAGGAUCUCAGGGAGCUGGGAGAUGACUCUCUUCCGGGACAUUACCUGGACGGCUUCAGCUACAUGAGCCACAACCUGGACAGGCAGCAGCACACCCCUAUUCACCAAAGCUUCCAUCAGAGGGAAGGCGUUCUCAUCGAAGACAUGCUUACCAGCCACCAGAUGUCAGCGUUAUCGAGAGAAGACAAAGAAUCGUUCCGUCUGAGCUGGGGAGCUGAGCACCUCGAUAAUGUGGUGCUGUCCUCCAGUCUGUUACACUCAGGCCAUUCCUCGCCGUGCCUAGACAAUGACAACAGCAGCUUCCUGGUCAGCUUCAUGGUGGACGCCAGGGGCGGGGCCAUGCGCGGCUGCCGUCACAAUGGCCUGCGAAUCAUCGUACCACCAAGGAAGUGUUCUGCACCUACACGGGUGACGUGCAGGCUGGUGAAGAGACACCGCCUGGCGUCUAUGCCCCCUAUGGUUGAGGGUGAGGGGCUGGCUGGGCGCAUCAUAGAAGUAGGGCCCACUGGAGCUCAGUUCUUGGGUAAGCUCCACCUGCCCACAGCUCCGCCCCCUCUGAAUGAGGGCGAGAGCUUGGUCAGUCGCAUUCUGCAGCUGGGUCCUCCAGGAACCAAGUUCCUCGGGCCUGUGAUUGUGGAGAUUCCCCAUUUCGCGGCCCUGCGGGGCACAGAGAGAGAGUUGGUGAUCUUGCGAAGUGAGACCGGGGAGAGCUGGAGGGAGCACCACUGUGACUUCACCGAAGAAGAACUUAACCUGAUACUUAAUGGCAUGGAUGAAAAACUUGAUUCUCCUGAGGAGCUUGAGAAGAAAAGAAUAUGCCGCAUCAUGACCCGAGAUUUCCCACAGUACUUUGCGGUGGUCUCACGGAUAAAGCAAGACAGUCAUUUCAUUGGACCAGAGGGUGGGGUCCUCAGCAGCACUCUUGUGCCUCAGGUCCAAGCCGUCUUCCCUGAAGGAGCCCUCACCAAGAAGAUCAGAGUUGGGCUACAGGCUCAGCCCAUUGAUGUGGAAGUGGUCAGAAAGAUUCUUGGUAACAAAGCCACAUUUAGCCCAAUUGUGACACUGGAGCCAAGAAGGAGGAAGUUCCACAAACCAAUCACCAUGACGAUCCCGAUUCCCAAGAGCUCCAACCCUGACGAGCCAAGCUCGGGGUACAGUGGGGAGACCCCCACCUUACGUUUGCUUUGCAGUAUUACUGGUGGAACCACUCCUGCCCAAUGGGAGGACAUCACCGGCUCCACACCGCUCACCUUUGUCAACCAAUGUGUUUCCUUUACCACAAAUGUAUCAGCAAGGUUCUGGCUGAUAGACUGCAGACAGAUCCAGGAGUCCGUUAGUUUUUCUUCUCAGCUGUACAGAGAGAUCAUCUGUGUUCCCUACAUGGCCAAGUUUGUCAUCUUCGCCAAAACACUCGACCCCAUCGAGGCCCGGCUGCGGUGCUUCUGCAUGACGGACGACAAGAUGGACAAAACCCUGGAGCAGCAGGAGAACUUCACUGAAGUUGCCCGCAGCAGAGAUGUUGAGGUGCUGGAGGGAAAACCCAUAUUUGCCGACUGCUUUGGAAAUCUGGUGCCACUUACCAAGAGUGGUCAGCACCACGUGUUCAGCUUUUUUGCCUUCAAGGAGAACAGACUGGCGCUCUUCAUCAAAAUUAGAGACACAGCACAGGAACCGUGUGGUCGCCUGUCCUUCACAAAGGACCCAAGGACGUACCGUAGUCUGAACCACAACGCUAUCUGCAACCUGAACAUCACCCUCCCAACAUACUCAAAGGAGUCUGAUUCAGACCAAGAUGCAGAUGACGAGAGUGAAAAGAGUGACAAGAAAUUGGAUUGGCAGGAUGAUGCUGACAGGAAAGAGGAGACAUUAGCUAUCAUUGCAGAUCUGCUUGGCUUCAGCUGGACUGAGCUGGCAAGAGAACUGGAAUUUAGUGAGGAUGAUAUCCAGUCGGUGAGAACAGAGAAUCCUAAUUCUCUCCAAGAGCAGAGCCAUGCCUUGCUGCAGUGCUGGGUUGAGCGGGAAGGUAAACAUGCCACAGAGGACUGUCUAAUUAAGAGGUUAACCAAGAUCAACCGCAUGGACAUAGUCCAUCUUAUUGAAACUCAGAUGAACAAGUCAGUUCAAGAGCAAACAUCUAGAACUUAUGCAGAGAUCGAGAAGACCCUGGAUCACAGUGAAGUGUCAGUUGCCCUAUCUUCUGUGCAAGAGGAUGUAGACAGCCCCAGGGUUGUGAGAAUGGUGGAGUCGGAUCGCAGACCACCCCCAGCUGUUUCUGAAGAGGACCUGUCAGUUGCUUCCCUACUGGAUAUUCCUUCCUGGGCAGAGCCUGCUGGACAUACCCACUCAGAAAGCAUCCAUGGUGACCUGUUGGACGAGCUUGAAAUCCCACAAGAAUUAUACCCUAAUCUGUGGACCUCUGAGGAUGUAAUUACACCAGAACCUACAUGUUACGACAACUCUGAUGAGCAAGCUGAUGAAAUGCCUGACCUGCCCACUCAGUCUGUGACAGAGGAGCAGUACAAGGACGAACAUGGGCACCUUGUUAUUAAAAAGGUAACCCGUAAAAUUAUCCGCAAAUGUAUUUCUGCCGAUGGCGUGGAGCGUGAGGAGGUGACGUUGGAAGGAGCUCCGCAGGCGUCCAUCAGUGUAGCAGAGGGAGACGGUUACUCCAAAGUUGUGAAGCGGACAGUACUGAAGAGUGAAGGAGAAAAUACAGAGGUAACAUUUGCUGAAUGUGAGGGUUUCUCGGCAUCAAGGCAGGAGUCAACCGGGGGUCACCAGGUCAGUCUCGGGGAAAGAACAAAGGUGGUGGAGGGUGAAAGGACAAUGACGCACCAGGGAGAUCCAUCUUUGGCAUCUGACCUCCCCACGGCCCAAGAUGACUUCAAACAGGCACUAGGUUAUAUAAGUGGUUCAAGCAGAACAGAGCUUCCUCAUGUGGUAGAGAGAGAGACUGUCAAAGAAGAUGGAACUGUGGUCAGGAGGGCUCACAUGCGUAAAGGUCGCACCAUCAGACGGACGGUGGUGAAGGAAGCUGGGCGGCGCAAACAGGUCCUGCUCGAGCAAGUGGACAAUCCCAGGAAAGGGCCAAAACUAUGCGUGCUCAAGGAGCAUCUCCACCAGCUCUUUCAUAAUUUCCACAAAGAAGACGAGGAGGACACUGAUGAUGAUGAAGAGGAGGAGGAGGAGGAAGAAUAGAGGAAUAUGUAAUACUCCCCUUCCCCAUGACUUCCUGGCUGUGUCAAUGCUAAAGCACCACCCCCCUUAAUCCUAUGCAUUAACCAACCGUAAUCCCAGUGUACACCCUUGGCACCUCAAAGCUACCGCAGUCUUCCCAUUGAAGCCCUGGAAGAAGACGUCCUGUUCCCGAUGUGGAGUUCUCUUCCCUGGCUGCUGUCACGUUAUUCAUUAUUCAUUUUUUCUUUCAUGUUCUGAUGUUGUUUUUCGCCUUUUUGUGACCAAAGAUAUCCUUUAUGUCCCCCCCCCCCCCCCCGAUUUAUUUUACUUUCCACGUUUGAAGUGUCUCUGAAAUUUUUGUUUUGAUUCUGUGGUAGAGCAACAAAAAAAAAAUAAGAAGACGGUCAAAUAUAUCUCACAUCUACUAACUCACAAAGGUGAAGAACACUUUUCCUGCUCAAUACUGCUACUGCUCUCGGUGCUCGGACUGAAAGACGAUAUUUCACACAGCACUGCCUCUCACACCCAGAGUAUCUCAGAUAUUCCUAACUGAAAAAAAAAAUAUAUAUAUUUCACUCACUUUACUAGCUGUACCUUUAAGUCAGGUGGUAUCAACACUGAAUUUAACUGCUGCUGCUGCUGCUGCUGUGUUUUGUGUCGGCUAUGUGUAAUCGGUCUUUGGGAAUUAUAUAUUAUCUAUAAUCUAGACAUUACCGACAUCUGUAGCCUAGGAAUUAAUAAUCACUCAUGUGAAGUAGAGCAGGCAUGACUAAUCAACAUCUGUCAUUAUGAUCAUAGCUUUGACUGCUUGUAAUUCGAUGGAUGGCCCUUUCUGCUUCUCUUUUCCUUCUGUGUGCGUCAAAUUUUCUGUGUUACUAUGUGUACUAUUUUUCUUUGACAGGGUGGGGAUUGGAUCUUGACUCAUAUCGUUUUGCUGGUGAAUGUGUGAGUGAGGAUGUACCGUAGCUCCCGUAUGUUUUGUGUUUGUCCACGCAUGUGUUGAGUUAAAUAUUAUUUUAGUAAAUUUUUUAAGCUUACUAGUUAAUAGAGUUUAAGCUUUACUUUGACAGCCAACUAGAAGCUUCUUUUUACAGGGAGGUACCACAGAAUUUGCCGCAGGUAAAUAAGAAAGUGGUUUUAUGCUCUGAUACAACACAUGCACUAAUGUGUUUCUGCUUUAAUGUUAGAUUUUAUCUUUUGAACUAGAAACUGUUGCACCAGGCGUUUGGCAGUUGUGUGCGUGUGUGUGUGUGAGAAUGAGUUUGAGUAAACGGGUUUUUGCUAGAUUCAGCAAAGAAAAAAAAAAAGUUUAUUUUCCACAAACCGCAUUUGCACUCCUGAAUGUCGGGAGGAGACACCUCCUUGCUUUUUGUGCACAGGAUAUGAGGUGCAGUAUAUCGUAGCCACAGGGAUAGUCUCUGACAGAUGAUGAUACCGCAGACUUACACGUAAUGAGGCAGGUUGAGAGCUUAAAUCCAUCAUUAUUCACAGCUCUGCAUAUCGCUACUGUAUGUAUCUACAUGUAAUGUAUUUAUUUCACUAUCACCGUUUACUUUGUGAUUUAGAAACAUGUCAAAUGCAAACUAGUGGAAGUUCACUGUGACAGGUAUGCUUUUAAUUUGAAGAAUCAGCAUCCCUUUUCUGUGAUGAUGACAGUUAUAGACAUAUACAAUGCAUAUAAAUAUCUAUAAGGGCAUGUAUUACUGUAUCAAAAUUCAAAAAGACAAAAACAAAACGGCUGCAGUGUCUAUGGCUGAUAGAGAAUAAAAGUCUACAAAUGUA